AGGAAGAAGAAGCAGCAGUUCCCAAUGGGCCUUCUCCCCCGGACACGGGACCCUCGUUCCCUGAUUGGCUCCUCUCCCCCUCCUCGCCGAGGAAUAUAUAGUCUUUAUGUCGGCGGGCGAUCCGGCAGCGCUGAGACGUUUUCACGAGUGCACCGAAUCCGAUCUGCCGGAUACACCGACGCCGUCUGUCGCAGACCCUUAACACAAGAGCUUGCAUGUCGUGGACUCGCAACCAAUGACUUGCAUCAUUUCAUCGCAGUUACAGCGUCAGUCAGAUAACGCCCGUACCUGCACGCCUUCUUGAAUAUGUCAAAGAUCCAUGUUCUCCUCUCAUUGGCGGCUACUGCGGCAUCAGUUCAGCACAAGAGAUCUGGGGAUAUUAUUGGUGCUGGAGGAUCUGUUUCUCCAGAAUAUCGUCCAGAAGAAUCCCUGCAACACACGCUUAUUUCGUCGCUGAAAUCUAUUCGUGUUGCAAGUCUCGAGAAUGGAGAAAAAUACAAAGAGAGCGUAGGAGGCAAUAGCGCACCCGACUUAGCAGUUUCAGCCAGAAAAAAAGUGGGUGUUGGCGAGUUAGAUUUAUUUAGUGAUUCUAAAGUUUCUAGUAAUCAUCUCGGUCCAUCGUCUGUUCACCCAUCAUCUCCCUCAACCGAAAAUGGCGAUGUCGCGGAAGCUGUAAAAAAAAUCGAAAUGGUGGACGGCCACUUAAUCUUAAAAAGAGAAGUCUAUGAUUCAUUAGAACAGAGCGAUAACAAUGCUUUACUUGAUUACCAUUUUAUAGAACCUGAUACGUUCUUUCCAAAGAAAACAGACUCUGACGUAAUCUCACACAGUUUUCCUGCCGACAGCAAUUACUGUGAUCCUAUCAUCACCAGAUCAAUAUAUUCAAAAUAUGAUCUUAAUUUAGAUUCCAGAGGUUUCGCGUCUUCCUAUGCUGCUCUGGUUGCAAACAAAAAUUUUCUCUCAGAAUCUAGAAAAGAACCUGACAGUGAUAACCCUACAAUAAACCCCAAAACUUAUUUUGAAGCACAUGUUAGCAAUGAUGACAUUUCUCUGCACAUAGAUUUAAAUAAAAAGGAUAUGCUAACUCCCUUACCGCAGGAUAAGGAUGAAUAUGCCCUGUCAGCUGAUAAUAAAGAUAUCGACAUCUCCGAAACUGUUUCCAAGGGAGAGCGCAAAGUUGAUUCUUCCCAACUUUAUGAAGGACAAUCACAGAACACCGUCUAUAAUAAGUCUAUAAUAACAGUACUAGCAUCUGAACCACAGUUACAGUCAACUCCAGUAUCUGGUAACCCUGAGAGCAAAGACUCUUUGAUAUCAGAAUUGUCAACAUCAAAAUCAGAUGAAACAUCCUAUUCGAGUGCCAAAUCCAUCCAGCAAAUAAAUAGUUCGUUUGUAAAUCUCGAUAAUACAACAUUGAAUGAUAGUCAAGUAUCUAGUGAACCAAGUAUUUCUGGCUAUGUAGUGCCUGAAACUUCAGUAUCUAACAGUUCUGUUUAUACAGAAGUUCAAUUUUCAGAAGGUAAAUCGUCACGCACAGAGCUGUCUUCCGGAAGUCAAGAUACCGUUGUAUCGAUUCAUAAUAAAGAACAAAGUAUAGAUGAAAAUUCUGCUCGAAGUGGAUCGGUAUUUUUAGGUUCAAGUCCAUCAUUUACAACUUCGCCCCUCUAUGUCCCACAUGUCAAAACGUUUUUUCAAAAUCCAUUCACUACGUUUUAUAGUACAUCGCUGGAUUCCACACAUUCGCUGCGGGAGAAAUUAAAAAUAUCUCUUGGUAGUGACACUUCUUCAAAUUUAGCUGAAAAUCAAGGUUUCCGCAUUUAUGGUGGUUCUCGCUUCGGUGGUUCGGAAUCCUUACCAGGAUACUGGUCAGUUUAUAGCAGAUUAUCUGAUAGUAAUGAUCGGAGGUUACCCACAGGUUUUCUCUCUUCACAAUUAUAUCCUCUAGAUUUUGGCACUCCUGAAGUUAAUUCUGAACAACCCCAUAUAAGCACACUUGGAAAUCGUGGAUUUUCUUUAAUGAAACAAAGAGAAAAUUUUGAGCAUUCUUGGUCUGACAUACCGGAGAGAGAUUCAUUAAUUUCGACUCAAUCUUUCGGAAGAACUUUCGUUAGUGUUCCCGAUAGAUAUGCAAAUUUGGACUCAGGUGAACAUCGUACUAGUGGUAUUUUUUCUGUUCAGUCUGCUGGUUUGUCUGUCAGUGAUGCACAGCUGGGCCAUAAGUCAUAUCCACACUCAUCAUGGACUGAUUUUUUACAUCCUAGUCCCCGCGUUGGAGAUUAUGUCGAACACUCCAGAACUUCAAACGCGCGAGAACAAGAACCUCAUCUCAUGUUUACUUCAGACUCGGAUGACGACGACGACGAUACAGAAGAGGAGUACGAAAAUGAUUGCGAAGAAUGUUAACCACCAUACAGCUGAGCUCACAAAAAUAGGGCUAUAGUCAUAUUCAUUAAUGUAAGCAAGUUUUAAAUAAAUUGAUAUUUGCUUUACAUGUACAUAUUUAUGUGUGUGUUAGUUCAUGAAUAUCAGAUUAUGUGUUUUAAAAGAUUGAAUAUUAUAGUUAACUUAUGUAAACUUCGUGAAGUAUUAUAAGCUUGUAUUACAUGUCUUAAUACUGUCGCAUUUUGCAAUUUGACUUCCACGUCUAAAAUGUUCAUAAAAAAAGUCUUUUAAAUCAGCAGUGCACCAAAGAAAAUAUGAAAUAUUUUUAAAUGCCAAUACUUUUUGUAAAAAUGUGCAUUAUCCAAUGCUUGCUUGAAAAUUAAAUAGCAUUACAUUGAAUUAUUCUGUAUUAAAAAUUAACUUUUACAAUUAUUAAUUUAUAAAUUUCAUUUUGAUAUAAUAUAACAAGUUGUAAUGACCGAUAACUAGGUAUUUAUCGAAAUUAACUAUUUUUGAAAUUAUUUAUUUUUAGAUACCUAGUAGUUAUGCUCUUAGAAAAAAAGUAUUUAGAAAUUAUAAAGUACUUCAGUACUUAAUCCUGAAAAAUUAGUAUUAUUGGUAGGUUUUGAUAUUCCAACGAUUUCUUAAAAAAAAAAAAGUUUUAAGAGAACGCCAGUUCAUUGUUGGAAGGACACCUUAACUGUAUGCGUUAACUGCGGCAUACAGUUUUUGUAUACUUUUUUGUCUAAUAUAUAAUUGUUAUUCUGUGCUUAAUUUAUUAUUGAUUGUAAAAUACAUUUAUUUAAAGGCCCGUAAAUUCGUUAAAAUUGGAGUGUAGUAAUUGUGAUAUAUAUAUAUAUAUAUAUAUAUAUAUAUAUAUAUAUAUAUAUAUUAAAAUACGGAACCUGUGAUAAAUUUAAAUAAAGACUGUCAGCCUGUGCCAUCAGUCUUGCAAAUUUAAUUGAUUAUUUGUCUGAUAAACAGAUGCAAAUUAAUAUUUUUAGUUGAAUAAAUUACAUUAGGUUAGGCUGUGCAAUGUAUUUUACUCUUCAACUACAGUAUAUAUUGCUGUAUGUUUCAAAUGCAAGUCAUUUUUUACAUUUAUACAAGACUUUUUUUAGAUUAAAAAUAUUAAAAUAAUUAUUUGUUAAAAUUAAAUUACAUUUGCUUCUCUAAGGCUAAACCAAAAUCCAACAGAUGAACGAUGGUUGGCAGUGUAAUAAUAACGGGUUGGGAGGGGGUGGGGGCAAUGACACAUACGAAUAAAAAUACUAAACUGAUACACAAAAUGCUGGUACUUCUUUGCUAGUAUUCUUAAUACCACGCUUUUAUUAGCUUCACCUGUAUUUUUGAAUGAAUGGACUAUGUAAUAAAAUAUUUCCAUUAAAUUUGUACCCACUUUCGACGUCCGAAUGUUUUCAAAUUUUACCUACAUACAAAGAACCUCUGACAAUACUAUAUUUUGUUAACUUAAGACCUUAGUGGGGGGUCAGAGUGUCAAAAAAAAACCACUAAUUUCAACCUAUGGCUAAAAACCAGGCUUUUUGUAUAUCCAUGAGGUCAGGACAUAGUGGGAAUUUGCCCCAGGUUCGAAUGUUACCCUAGGAGGUAAAAAAACCAUAAAUUUCGAAAAUUUCAAAAAUACAUAUUUUUUGAUUUAGAGUGUUUCCAAGGUCGGGUUAGGGUGGAAAAUGUGCCCGGGAUUUGUUAAUGGCAAUAUGGGCACUAUAUCUGAAAUUAUCUGGCCACUCUUCCGGCGUGAUCAAAUGUAUGAUACGGGCAUUCCAUCAAUCCGUGUUGAUUUCGGCACAUAUGGUGUACAUAUAAUUAAACCAAUAGCCAAUUAGUUUACAGCGAAGUACAGCUAUGGUACUGCUGAAAGGCGAAUGUUGCCAUUAAUACUGAGUUGAGCAUCUACCGUGCAUAAAAUGCAAGCCUGCACUGUAGAUUAUGCAAUUGUUUAUUUGGGAUCGCAUCUCUCUGCUUCCGGACAGGCUUAUGUAGCUCUUAGUCUUGUAAAGUCACUGGAUGGUCUCCAAGUAGAAGAAAUUGAUUGCUCUAAGAUAACAAGAAAAGUUCUAUGUUAUUUUGACGCCUUAGCUGAAAUAACUAGAUUACGUGAGCAUUAAUGACUAAUUUUUAGUUCUUUGUAACAAAUAAAUACUUUAAUCACUCACAUUUAGUAUUUUUAAUUUGUUUCAAUUACUCAUAUAUUUAAUAUUUUUUAUUUAUUUUGAGACUAAAAAGAAUAAAAGAAACUAAAAAAAUCCGCUUUUAUCGUUGAAUGAACUAAAAAUUAAAAAAAUAAAAUAAAAUCUAAUUUAAGUUUUUUGUCCAACAGCCAAAUGAUGCACUACAACUCUGUAUAACUAAAAGCGUGAGGUGCUCUCUUCUUUAAUUUUCUUAAUGACUAUAUACUAAAAUUAGUGAUAGAAAAUUUAAGACAUAUGAAAUCAAGCACCCCCUGUGCGUUGAUCCCUGGUGGGAAGGGGGGGGGGGGGGGGCGCUGGAAUUAAGAAACCCCUCACUAAGGGGAGCCUACCUGUACUUGCAAAAGCGUGACUAUGAAACGUGUUUGAUGUCAGAACUAUGUCCUAUGGAAAACUUUCUGUGUAUUUUAAUGUUUUCUUCUUAUCGAAUGCAUGUAGACCAAAAUAUGGGCAAUGUACAGCAUACGGGCACCCCAAGUGCAAAAGUGAAAAUUUCUCGCUUCCCCCUUUCCCCCCCUUUUUUUUUCUAUAAAUUUCCGCGGGCCCCACGUGCGAAUCCUACACAUUUGUGCCCCUGAAGCACCCCAUUACUAAUUUUAAGUUAAUUAUUGUUAAUAGUUCAUAUACCUAUUCAUUUUCGUAAUGAAUAUAUCCUAAAAUUGUCGAACAUAUCUAUAUCCUAAAAUAUUCGUAUUGACUAUAUCCUAAAAUUAGUGAUGGAAAAUCUAUUACCUACAAAUCAUAUUUUUAUUACUGACAGAAAUUUUAAGACAGAUGAUAUCAAGCACUCAACGUUUAUAGUUAUACACGAGUUGUGAUGCAUUAUUUGACUAUUGGACAAAAAACAAAAAUUUUAAUUUAAUUUUUUAAUUUUUAGUUUAUUCAACGAUAAGAGAGAUUUUUUUUAAGUUUUUUUAACCAUAAGUUUAUUUCUCUGUAAUAUUUACUGUAAUACUUGGUGCACUUUACAUUUGUAAAUAGUACGAGAACUGCUUGAAGUCAGUAAAUCUGAUUGCAAAUUUCUUAAAACAGCACCAAUUGAAGCAGUGAAUUCCUACAGAUUAUUUCCGAUAAUGACGUGCACUCAUUUAUAAAUGUUUUGUUUUCUCUACUGUUUUUUCCAUUAUCUCCACAGCUUAAGCAGAGUCAAUGCCAGUUCCGCUAAUUUAUCAGUCAAUAACUACCUGCUAGUAGAAUUUUCUAUUAUUAAGGUCACUGAUUCAAAUUUAGUGUGUUUUUUUUGUGUGUGUUCGCUUUGUUGACUUAUGUUUGCCAAAUACAAAAAAAGUCAUUGAGAUAGGAUACAUGGAGUUAGGAAGUGUCAGGAAACGGCAUACUGUAACGUAAGUAAAGCCACUUUUGACGUGACAACGUCUAAUAAAUCGAUGAACGCCGGCUGCACGCACGAAAAAGUGUCCCGUUACGCUCAUUGUACGCUUGCGCCGCAUCUUUCUCUCUUCCACUCGAUUGGAAAACUAUUGAUUUGACUUUUUCGAGGCACAUUAAACUUGAAACACUUCCAUUCGUUUCCUACUUUUCCUAUCAUCGUCCUAUCCUUAACAGAAUAACACAGAUUGGAAGAAGUUAAAUAGCAAACAUGUAUAACAGUUAUAGUUAAAAUAAUCUCUUCGCUAAAGUAAGAAACAUAUUUGAAUUAAUGAGUGCAAAUAAAAGUAAAUUUAUCAAUUAAAUUGUAGAUUUCAUUUCACUCCUUCUUUGUAUCCAUACAAAAUAGUGAUAAUUCAAUAAAAAUUAUUCCAUUUUAUUCAUAAAAGUAUGCAAUCAUUUCAUCAAUGUUUUGUUAUGACGUUGUCACGUUAAACUAUCGUCCGAAAACCGACUUUACAGAGAACCAAUUUUUUUUACGUCGCCAUCGCCAUAUUGUUCCGCCCAAAACAUCGCGGAAAUGGUGCUUGACCACGUCUGAUGAAUUGAGAGUCUCGGUCGUCAAACAACACAGCCACUUCCACACAAUACUGUCAUUUAAAACUGUUUCCACCGUGCAAACGCUACAUUUCAGCCAAUGUUUUGGGCUUCUAACCAAGAUGCGCAGACCAUGACCUAAAAAAAAAAUAUAAAAAAAGAAAAAGCUUCAUCAUGUUACCAUGUAACCAUUUAGACGUGGCCAUCCCCUGGUACGAUAAGCUGAACUGUUGAACUAUAACUCUAUGGAGUGAGUGUCUGUUCUAAAUUUGAUGUCGCGCUGGUCAGCAAAAAAUAAAAAAUAAAUAAAAAAACCCGUAGCUGUGUACAGGUUAAUAAUACCCAAGGACAAUUGAUACCUUUUAUUUAUUUUUUAUAAACUGUACAAUUAAUUUUUUACGAUUGCAUUAUUUUAUUACGCCUAAUUAUGAGCUGCUCUCUUAAGCUCAAAUUAUAUCCUAGUUUUUUCAAAUAUAUUCAGUACUUCUGAUGACGUUAUGUGAUUAGAAUAAACGUCAUGUCGUUUUUAAAAUCGUGCAAAUUAUUCAAGUCAAUCACGCCAUGUUUUGUCAAAAUAUUAGUUUCGGAUAAAAAAAAAGAAUACUCGGCCAGACAAUACAAUUAUUUGUUUUCUCGUUUUUAAUGGCUUGAGUCUCUUUGUGACGUCACUUGUUACGUUAGGUCACUCUUUUAACAAGCACUUUUUUUAAGUUAAAAAAAAUCUCGAAGUUACACGAAGGCAAAGUAUACCGGGCGUGAACGAAAGGAUCUGUGAAUCGUAGGCUUCCACAAACCUGACCUCCGAGUUGUCAAACAAUAUCUAAUCGGUUCUACAAUUUGUUUCACAUGUCUUUUCUCGUCAACGUUCGCAGGUACGAACCGAAUCCCGGGUGUUUGGAUUGUUAAAACUGUUAUAUAAAAAAAUCGUGACUUAGAAACAAAGCAAUUUAGAAAUAACGCUGGUUGUCUUCAAAGAUGUUGACGUUGUCAUUAAUAAAAGGCUAAACAUUUGUUUUUUUCUGCUUCCUGUAAGCCACGUGGUACGUCGCCACAAUCGGCUGCGAGGGCUCCAUGAAUGGGGGGUGUUUACCAAACAAGCAGGGUGUUCCAAGUCUUGUUUUUUCACUGCAAGCAGGAAACGCCCCGCCAAACAGUGGCGCUGCGAAGGUCACGCGGCGAGAUAGCAGGAAUGCUAUAAAGCCACGGAGGUUUACUGGCAAGGGUUUCAUUACGAUUUUUUUUCCCCCAGCAAGCAGGAGACCGCAACAUGAUAGCCGAGGCAAUAUUAUUGGUGGUGUCUUUGGUCGCCACUUCGUCGCAGCACAUUUUUACUCCUGGCAACAUACAACCAGCAUUUCAUGCAUUUUCCCAGCAUGCUGGGAACUCGGCGCAAUUUCCUACGGGACCCGUCGGUCCAUUCCUGCUCGCGCCACUGCCCGUUUUCCCACCGCCGCGCGGUGUUCAUCCUGGAAGAUACGACGGUGCAGCUAUGUUUGACAACCCUUUCACAAUGUCCAGCCAAGGAAGGAUGGUCCUCCCGGGUGGCGGUUGUGGUUUCGGGGGAGCGGUGACAUCUCAUAGCGGUCUCCGCCUCCCCCAUGAUUGGUGGAACGGUAGGUUCAGGUCGCUGCAAGGCUCGGCGCUUGCCGACUGGCACCCUGGAAUCUCACCGGCGAGCGGAUACCCCAGCGAAACAAACCUACAGUACUUCAGAUCCUGGCACCCAUUCAUGCUCCCGCCGGUUGGUGCCUCGAAUUUCCCAGCAUACACCAUUCCAGCUCAUCUGCCGGCUGGAAGUCUUCAUGGAAGGAUGUCUCCCUGCUGCAGCUCCCCUGUGGUCCUGACUCCAACGACCAACGCUAACUUCCUAAGGCCGUGUGGAUGUAACAGAGGGUCUGCUAACCUUGUUGCUAACAGAUGGUGCGAUGGAAGCUGCGACCACUCGGCUUUCAACAUGUAUUCUUGUCACGGAAACGACCAUGUCGGUGCGGAUUCUUCUGCAAUAUCUAUUCCAGUCCUGCGACCCGCUCAAGGGCGCUCGGAUUCCACCUCGUCGUCGUCGUCUUUGGCGUCGGGAGCCGCCACGGCGGAGGCCCGCGACGUGAACAACUUCCUCGACCACGGUCAGGCUCUCGUCGGGAGCGUCCGCGGCGGUGACACCGAGGAACAGAGCUGCUGCCCGAACGGCAAGAGAAGCUCGACUGCCCAUGCGCGGUCCGAAGGCUCCGGAGAUGAGAUCGCAGGGAGGAGCCGGUACCAGCCUCGCAGCGCCCAGCAGUACGUCGACCCCUGGCGAGAUCCUUUCCCGGCGAGGUACAACCUCCUCCAGGAGUUCUCUCGCAGUAGGGACAGCGCGGCCGGGGCUGGACGCUACGAGCAGAGCUACACUGGAGAAGACUACCACGACGAGGGCAAUCCUGACGGUCCCACUGCUGACAAAAUCUCGGACCAUGUCGCUCCUUCUGGGUCAUCCCUAUCAUUUUCGUCACCACCGUCCCCCGAUUCUUCCUCGACGUUUCAGAAACUUUAGUAAGGCUCUUAUUUUUCGGUAAUGUCUUCAAACAUCGUAUAAGGCUAAAAGAAUAAACUUAUUUUGUUUUGUAUUCUAUAGAUGCUUGCAUACUGUACAAACUUAUGUAAUUGUUUUUAAUAAAAAAAUACAUACCAUAUAAAUACCAGUAUCCAAAUAAUAUUUUACAAAUGAAGGCAUGGAUAUUUUGGAUGUUUGUAGUGCUACUAAACUGGUAUACUACUCCUAAAUGAGGGAAACAUGGGGUAACUUUGGUUUUAUAAUAAUAAAUCAUAUUUUAGGAACUAAUGGAAUAACAAAGAUACAAACAAUACCAAAUAUGUUUGUUUUUUUACCAUUUUCAAUAAUUCAUAAACAAGUUAACUAAAAAUUUCUAAGUAUGCUUUCAUAGUAAAAAAAAAUUACACCUCCGAAACUAAUAAGCAAAAAUUAAGAUUCAUGGUAUAUCCAAUAACUAAGGUACCCCAUGCAAAAAUUACAAAACUCCUUUAUUCCAUUUUCUGAAAGUACACCCCUAAGGGAGUGAAAAUGAGAUAGGUUUGGUUUUGUAAAGAAAAGUUAAUUUCACCAAAUUUACUAAAGAUCAAGGCAAGACUCUAAGACCAGUAUUCUAAGACAUAAAAAUAAAGGUUUAGACGUUGAAGAUGCUACACCUGUACUCUAACCGUAUUCUUACUGCAUGAUGGGACACGGCCAGUCCCUUAAUUUUAGGCAACAGAUUUUGGUGUCCUAUCCGUUGCCGUUCUGUUGCCCAAAUUCCACGCAUGCGCAGAGCUCACUUUUUCAUUGAUUUCGUCAAGAUGGCUGAACCGCAUCUGGCACCAUUAACUCAUAUAGUCAUUUUUGUGAUCAUCGGGGAACAUACCAAGCGUGUUGGUGUGCCAAGUGAAACUUUAUGGUAGCGAAACUAUCCUGGAAUACAUUUUGUACACUUAAAUGAUCAAAAAACAAAUAAUCACAACUUUAAAAGUACU